CAAGAACCAAAAUCAUAUCAUAAAACAUUGUUCUUUCGUCUCAUGUCGGAAAAGAAGCAAUAUUGUGUUGUGAUGCGGAUUAACUUGGAUUGCAAUGCUUGUUGUAGAAAAGCAAGGAGGAUUAUCAUCAAUAUGAAAGAAGUUGACACACACAUGAUCAACAAAAAAGAACGUCAAGUGAUCCUUUGCGGACGGUUUAGACCAUCGGAUGUUGCAGUAAAACUGCAAAAGAAGAUGAAACGGAGGGUUGAGAUUCUCGAAGUUGAAGAUCUCGCCAAUGGCCAUGGAGGAGAAGAAGGACACGAGUAUGAGCCAGAGCCACCAUAUGAACAGCCAUAUGAAUAUUCUCAACAAUCUGAUCACAUGACCACACCAUUGUUGUGUUAGAUUAGAUAUCUCUAAUUCGUUUGUUCUUUCUUUUUAUUCUCAAAUGCAUAAAUAUUUGCAUAAAAAGUUAAAAGAAACAAAUUGUAUAUAUUACUACCAACACGUUCGCCUUAGACCAUGUUUAACGGCCCAUCUUCAGGCCUGAUCUUAGAGUUUAAUAAUAAUAAACUUUGUAAAAAGUGGGUUUAGAACACUUCUCAUGUUCUUGGGCUAGAACUGUUUUUGGGCUGAUCUUGUGGCGACGUGGCAUGGUCUGAUUCGUUGCGAUUUGUGAUAACGAAAAUCUUUCAAAUAUUUAAGUUUUUU